AUGUCUCCUCAAUUUUCUCAGGUGCAAGCCACCACCUCGGCCUCGAUGUGCGCCUCGAAAGAUAAAAUGCCCCAACUGUGCACUUUUAUCAGCAAAUCAUCUAUUAUCCCUGAUAGUGAUUCCGAGAAAAGAUAUUCGACGCAUCCUGGGUGCAUCGUUUACGGUGAUUUGGAGCUACAGGAGGAGAUGAGCGCCAAUGUUGACGUCCAUACAUCUCAUAAACCAAUUCAUACGAUGCUAGUACCUGGAAUUCUGAAGAAAACCAAUAAACCAUUCACCCCAAAGCCGACUAUCUGCUCGGAUACACCGUUAACAGAAUCCCCUAAUCGAAAGGUCAACCCCAGUUGUAGUUUUCUCCCCUUUAAAAGUGCCAGUAUCGAUAAGUGCGCGCAAAAAUAUCUUCCAAGGAGCUGUUCCUUUCACACCCAAAGUUUAUCUUCUUUGGAUAGCUUUUACCGAAAGGAUGGUGAACGUCCGGAAUCCACUACGAGCAGGCGAGCCAACAUUACCGAUGAUUCGGAGUCUUCGUGUAAUAAUAAUACUGAGACUCAUUUAGAUAAUUCACUGAGCAAAUUUCAACGUGGGCUACGCCAGAUGGUUGAUUUGUCAACUUUAUUCAUAGCCUCUGAGGUUAGUGAGGAUCUUACUGUAGGUAUGUCGGGCAAUGAUGGUACCGUAUUUCAAUCCUCAAAAAAGGUCAACUGCGAUAGCUUGAUUUCCAACACCUCUGACUACUCCGAUAGCACCUUUUUUUAUGACAAAUUGGAUGAAAAGUCACCAAUCAUUAAACGUCAAAUUACUUUCCCUAUUGAGCAGUUGUAG